CCACCCAUACCCCUCUUCGCACGCGCGCAGGCCGCAGACAUGGCGACCCAACAGCCGCACUGGGCUGCCGCCAAAGUGCGCCAGACCUUCCUCGACUACUUCAAGCAAAAGGGCCACAGCUUCGUGCCCUCGUCCUCGGUCGUCCCGCUCUCCGACCCCACCCUGCUCUUCACCAAUGCGGGCAUGAACCAGUACAAGACCAUCUUCCAAGGCACCGUCGACCCCUCCUCCGACUUUGCACAGCUCAAGCGCGCCGUCAACUCCCAGAAGUGCAUCCGCGCCGGCGGCAAGCACAACGACCUCGACGAUGUCGGCAAGGACAGCUACCACCACACCUUCUUCGAGAUGCUCGGCAACUGGUCGUUCGGCGACUACUUCAAGAAGGAGGCCAUUGGCUUCACCUGGGAGCUGCUCACUCAGGUCUACGGCAUCGACCCCAACCGGCUGUACGUCACGUACUUCGAAGGCGACGCCGCCGGCGGGCUCGAGCCAGACCUGGAGGCGCUCGAGCUCUGGAAGCGGGUUGGCGUGCCAGAGGACCACAUCCUGCCGGGAAACAUGAAGGACAACUUUUGGGAAAUGGGCGACCAGGGCCCCUGUGGACCUUGCUCAGAGGUCCACUACGACCUGAGGGAGCCCGUCAAUGGCGCGUACAGGAACGCGGCUGAGCUGGUCAACGCAGACGACGCCGAGGUCAUCGAGAUCUGGAACAACGUCUUCAUGCAGUACAACCGCGAGUCCGACCGGUCGCUGCGACCGCUGCCGAACAAGCACAUCGACACCGGCAUGGGCUUCGAGCGAUUGGUCUGCUUGCUGCAGAAGAAGAUGUCCAACUACGACACAGACGUCUUCACCCCGCUGUUCAAGAGGAUACAGGAAGUCACUGGUGCCCGGCCGUACAAGGCCAAGUUUGGCAAGGAGGACCCAGACGGCAUCGAUACCGCCUACCGAGUCGUCGCCGAUCACGUCCGCAUGAUGUCCUUCGCCAUCGCCGACGGUGGCGUGCCCAACAACGUCGGCCGCGGAUACGUUGUGCGACGAGUCCUGCGACGAGGCGCCCGCUAUGCUCGCAAGUACUUCGAGACGGAUAUCGGCGGCUUCUUCUCCCAGAUCGUCCCUACACUGGUCGAGCAGAUGGGCGACAUGUUCCCGGAGAUCAAGAAGAAGCAGCAGGACAUCAUCGAGAUUCUCGACGAGGAAGAGAAGGCUUUCGCAAAGUCGUUGGAUCGCGGUGAAGUCAUCUUUGAGAAGUACGCACAAAAGGCCAAGGCCAAGGGCUCGAAUGACCUGCCCGGAGACGAUGUCUGGCGGUUGUACGACACCUACGGCUUCCCCGUCGACCUCACCAAGCUCAUGGCUGAAGAGCGCGGACUCAACAUCAACGACAAGGAGGUCGAGGAGGCGCAAGAGAAGGCGCGUGAGGCUAGCAAGGGCGACAAGAAGGCCGCUGGUGCUGUCGUCAAGCUUGAUGUCCACGACCUGGGCGCCCUCGAGAACAUGGCGGAGGUGCCCAAGACCGACGACAAUGCCAAGUACGGGCGUGAGAACAUCACCGCCACCAUCAAGGCUAUCUACCACAACAAGCAGUUCCUCAAGACCACAAAGGACCUUCCUCGGGGAGAGCGUUUCGGUAUUCUGCUCGAUAAGACCAACUUCUACGCCGAGCAGGGUGGUCAGGAAGCCGACUACGGAAAGCUCGUCAUCGACGGCGAGGCCGACUUCACAGUAGACGAUGUCCAGGUAUACGCCGGCUACGUCCUGCACACUGGCUACCUUGGCGAAGGCGAGCUGAGUGUUGGCAGCGAAGUCAUCGCCGAGUUCGACGAGCUCCGAAGAAAUCCUAUCCGCAACAACCACACUGGAACCCACGUUCUCAACUACGCCCUCCGCGAAGUGCUCGGUAGCGAAGUCGACCAGAAGGGCUCGCUCGUCGCGCCCGAGAAGCUUCGUUUCGAUUUCUCCCACAAGGCCGGUCUCUCCGACGUCGAGCUCGAGAAGGUCGAGAAGAUCUCCUCAGACUACAUCAAACAAGACUCGCAAGUCUACGCCAAAGAAGUCCCUCUCGCAACCGCCCGCGAAAUCAACGGCCUCCGCGCCGUCUUCGGCGAGACCUACCCCGACCCCGUCCGCGUCGUCUCCGUCGGCGUCCCCGUCGACGACCUAAUCGCCGACCCCAAGAAGGAAGCCUGGAGCAAGCUCUCCAUCGAAUUCUGCGGUGGCACCCACGUCCUGAAAACCGGCGAGAUCAAAGAGCUCGUCAUCCUCGAGGAAUCCGGGAUCGCAAAGGGCAUCCGUCGCGUCAUCGCCGUAACCGGCCAAGAAGCCUACGACGUGCAGCGCAUCGCGUCCGACUUCUCCUCGCGCCUCGACACGCUCGAGAAACUGCCGUUCGGCCCCCAGAAAGAAAACGACGCGAAACGCACCCAAGUCGACCUGAACAACCUCACCAUCUCCGCACUGACCAAGAACCGCUUCCGCGACCGCAUGACCAAGAUCUCGAAGAGCAUCCUGGACGAGCAGAAGGCUGCGGCCAAGGCAGAGCAGAAGAAGGUUCUCGACCAGGUGACCAAGUACUUUGAGGACGAGAGCAAGAAGUUCCUCGUCCAGAAGGUCGAGUACUCGAGCAACGUCAGCAAAACAAUCAGCGAUGUCGUCAAGACGAUUUCUGGCCCCAAGAGCGCGCUCAAGGAUAGGAGUUUGUAUCUUUUUGCCGCGAGUCCCGAGGAUGGGAAGGUCGUGCAUGGGUGCUAUGUUUCUGAGCCUUUCAAGGCCAAGGGCGGUGACGGUCCCAAGUGGGCUGGUGCCGUGACACCUAUCAUCGGCGGUAAGGCGGGAGGCAAGCCUGGUGCGCCGACUGCGAUCGGACAGGGCACGAAUGCGGAUAAGGUGGACCAGGGUGUUGAAGAGGCGACCAAGUGGAUUGAGAACCUGUCGUUGUUGUAAACUCACAAAGCCUUAAGAGAGAGAGAGAGAGAGAGAGAGAGAGAGAGAGAGG